AUGGCAACCUUGACUGACCGACUGGACGGCCUUCGCUUGGACUUCGACACUCGACGUAGACUCGAACAACGUCUUGAUGCAGCGGAAGAACGCAUUGAAGAGCUCGGGGAAACCGUCGAGAAGCUGGAGGAGGCGCUUGUAUCGGAACGAACAGCGUUGAUGGAGGUCGUGGAGGAGAAUGCAAAGCUGCGGAAUGCCCUGCGACUUCGCCGAGGGAAUGCGGACAUCUCAGCGCCUGCCAGUGACGGUGAGGAGCAUGCAUUGAGGAGACUGGAGGAUCAAAUAUCUUUGCAAAAACGUCAAUACGAAUCGCUAUGCUCAACAUAUAAGAUAAAGUACCAGGAUGCUGUUGACACCGCAAGACGAGAGAGAACUCAGGCGACUGUUCGUAUGGCGCAUCUGCAGCUUCGCUGUGAGAAAUUGGAGCAGAUGCUCUCGGAGGGGUUGAAAGAGGUCAUCGAAGAAAGGUGCAAAAGGAAGGAAAGCGAGAGGAGAUGCAGACAGCUGGAGACAACGGUCAAGCGGGAAGUUGAAGCAUUGCGAACUCAAAUCAAGAAGGACGAAGACGGUGGGGAGUCGCAGAAGGAGUUUGAGAAGCUAAGGUUGGCGAAUGAAACGCUACAUAAGGAGACGAGUGAGCUACAGAUACGUUCUGAGCAGGAAAUGGCUCGUCUACGUGAAGAGAAUGUACGAUUGUCAUCAUCAUACGCCAAGUCGGCUUCGCUCACCUCACUCUCAAAGGAGAUUUCUGACCUCGGCAUACGAUUGAAGAAGCUCGAGCGACAUGCCUUGAAGUAUGCGCCUCUGGAAGGCGCACAUGUGCACGACUUAUUCGAGGGCAUUGAGCGUGCGAAAACUAGACUUGGCCAUGCGGAUGAAGCGAUGCGACAGGAAUCCAGAUUAUCAGCCGGGAAAGAGACCAGGCAUGCGACGAAGAAAGAGAGAAAGGCUAGUGAAGAUGUGAUUGGGGCGGCGAAGGGGUCUAGGGGAAGUGAGAGAGCGCAGAGCAGGGCAAGCGUUGUCUAA